AUGCAAACCAAUGUAACUACACCGAUUAUGACUACAGACGCACUCUACUCGCACUUUCUGAGCAAUUCUGCGAGUUUCCAUGUAACCGCUGUGCGGCUGCGGGACCCCCGACCAGCUGCACGGCCCUGCGAAAACUCACGGAUAAAAAGGCAAAUAAAGCCAAAAUGGCAACAAGUGAUUACUCGUAUCUCCCUCUGCUGGCUUGCUGGCAGGUGCCACUCCGAGACCGCAGUCUUUGAUUGGAUUAGAACUUUUGCACCAGCUGCUGCAUGGGUUGUUCCCAGGAGGUUUGCUUACAUGGCGCUAGCUCGGCGCAUCCGCGCUCCAACGGGACUGCUGGGCUUUGUAAGACGGAACCGCGACGGAACCUUCAAGCUUGAUUUAAUAGGAAUGGAAUCACCAUCAACGGUUGAAGAUGAGCUCACAGCGAGCAACUGCACACCCCAAGUUGGAGACGACAGUCAUGGGAGUGCACAAUCUUGCGCAGAUAGCAGCCGUUGGAUUUGCAAGGCGUUUCUUGACAUUCUAAGACAGCACAUCAUUCCUAAUUUAGGACGUUUUUAUCACUUUUGUGAGGCUGCUGUUGACGUUGACUCUAAAGCCACUGCAAACUACGCAUCGCCAGACGGGCAUGAGCACCAACCCGAGGGCCGUGUUGCCUGUGAAGCAUGGGCUGCGAUAGCGCUGGUGUGUUCGGACUGGUCAGCAGCUCAGCUUCAGGCAGAGCUGGGGAUGGUGGAGUCGCCGCUAUCUGACAUGACGGACACGCCGGGCAUGGUGGCGGCGGUGGGUGACCUGCUGUACGGCAACGAUGGCUGCAACGACAGCACUAGCGACGGCUCUGGGGGUCUGCGGCCGGGCCGCGCGGUCAGCCUGCGAGCUCUGGAGGCUGACGGCCCGACGGCGGUGCCGCUGCUGCUGCUGGCCGCCGCCGAGUUGCCCCUCCUGGAGUCGGUGACGCUUCGUCAGCUGCCGGCGACAUGGUUUUACGUUGAUGGCGCGCUGCCCUGGCCGGCAGCAGCGGCGGAGAGGCUGGCACAACUGGUACCGCGGGAGGUGUACGACAGUGUGACAGACAAGGCGCUGUACGGCGCCAUGUACGGCGCUGCCAUGAAACGGCGGUUUAGGCCGUACUGGGUGUCGUACGACGGCGCGCUGGCGGCGCUGCUUUACCACCGCGGGCGGCACCUGCGGCACCUCUCCCUGGAGGCCCCCUCCCGUUUGCUCAGCCAGGGAGGGGCCCCCUUCCUGGAGUACCUCUGCCUCGAGGGCUUCGGACUACGGCAGGAGCCACACACGGCCCCCCGGGUGCCCCUGCACAAGGCAGGGCUGAGGUUGACGGCGUUGAACACAAGUGCAAACGGCGGGGAAGGGGUCAGGGGCGGAGCGGCGCUGGCGGUAGGGGCGGCGGCGGCGGCGGCGGCGACGGCGGCGACGGCGGCAGAGGAGAUCGCCGAGGCCGCGCAGGCUGGCGGCGGCGGCGGCGUCCCCUGCGCGCCGUACGGCGGCUGUGGGUGUUGUCUGGCGCAUCUGGAGUUGGUUUCGUGCGGUGUUGAACCCCUGCAAGCGGACGUGUUUAAGGGUCUUACCGGGCUGACGCGACUCACGUCGCUGGCCGAGCUGGCCGACAUCACGCUGCAGCCCGAUCCUGCCGAGGGGCCCAGACUACAGCCGCCGUACACUGGCCUGGCGGCGCUGACCUGCAUGGAUACCGUGUUCAUGUACGUUGGACGAGCAACUAGUGAAUGCAGAUGGGACAGCGAAGGGGGGGACGAGGAUGCGAAUGAGGAUGCCGACGGCGAUGACGGUGACGGCAGCAGUAGCAGCAGUAGCAGUGACGGGGUUGUACGACACGGAGGGUCAGCACCAAGGCACCGCAACCGCAACCACGGCUGCCGUCACGUGCACAGCCGUCGUACAUGGCUGCGUGGGUCCAUCAAUCACCUGUUUCCGGCGCUCUCGCUGCUGACGCGGCUUAUGUUUUGCGGCGGGUGUGACGAGGAACACGGCGAUGGAGAGGAUGACGACACGUCCGACAACAACGGCGUGGCUCAUUUCGUGUUACAGGCGGGUGAGCUGCCGCGGCUUAGGGAGCUGGUUCUGUGCCAGGGGCUGGUGGGGUAUGGCCGGCUGGUGCUGGUGGCCGCCACGUCCCUCACUCGCCUGGAGGUGGACAACGUGGAGUACCUGGAUGUGAGGUACCUGGAGGUUGGGGGCAUUGGUGGGGAUGGAGGAGGGUGGGGGGUUGAGUCUGCGGAGUCCGGGUUUUUGUUUUUGGUGGUGGGGCUUCCCCCUUCCCUGGAGUACCUCUCUCUCAUUGACAUGGUCGGACUGCCCGAGCUCUACCACCUGUCUGUGGACAACAUGCUGGUGGCCAUCGCACAGGCCGGGUACAUGGCAGCAGCUCCGGAUCCGGCGGCGCCGGCGGCUUGUGAGCCCGCCAGUGGCCGCGGCGGCGGCGGCACGAGUGGCGGUGCCACGGCCAGUGUACGGUGGCCGUUUCCGUACCUGCCUGCUCUUGAGGAGCUGGACGUUGCUUGCUUGGUGAAUCUCCCGGAUGAGGAUCUGGAUCGUGUACUGCUCAGCUGUCCUUCCUUGCGCGGUGUCACGCACCGCCACGGCGAGUGCAGAGUAUCCCGGGACCUGACGGGUACGACAUGGGUACGACGCUGCACGGCGGCAGAGGGUGAUGGCCGGGCUGCCGAUGGGGGAGAGGGCUAG